GUGGCAGUGAGAGCAGAUGACAACUGCAGAAGAGAUCCCCCCCUCAAAGGCUGGGAGCACCAUGGGACUGGCACUGGAGUGAACCCAGCCACCAGGCAGCCUGAGCAGGAAGAGCAACGUGUACCUUUGGAGAUCAGAAAUGUCAACAUGGGCCCAACCUGUUUCUCUGGCGUGGCUGAACCGAAAUGUGGCCUGUUGACACAGGAUCUGAGGCCUGCAGCCCAUUUCUUCCUCAAGCUUUGGGCCUAACAAAAAAGCCGAGAAGAAGGUGAUGGCCCACCAUAAUGUCGCCUUUCAGCCCGAGAACUCCUUCCAACAGCCAGAGCCAAAGGAAGAAGCAGGGAACAGUGAGCACAGUGCCCUGGACUGUGUCAUCUGCUUCACCCCUUACGACCGGCUCUUCAAACUGCCAAAGGAACUGAGCUGCGGCCACAUUUUCUGUCUGGAGUGCCUGGCCCGUAUCAACGUCUCUUCUGAGGAUGUCAACUCGGUCACCUGCCCGGUUUGCCGAGCGCCAACUGCCUUGCCUCACCACAAAGGGCUGCCAGGCCUCCCCACUUGCCAUGACCUCCUGGACCAGCUUCCCUCGAUCCCUGCCCCACCUGGCUCUGUGCGUUUUGACCGCCAACGUGGCUUGCUCUAUCUGCCUGGUGGCAACAGGAGCCAUUCGCAGGCUGGACCCAAGCCUGGGACCGAUGCCCUCAACACUGUCAGCUUGAGUGUUGACGUGGGGCGACCUGCCCCACAAGGAGCCAACCGAAUCCUGGGCCUCUCUGGCUGGCCCUUCUAUGUGGCUCUGGCAGUUGCCCUGCUGGUUACAAUCGGCUUAAUUAUCUGUGGUAUUUAUAUCUUUUUGAUGCCAUCCAUGUAUACUGUUUCAACGGGAGGGCCCCUCCAAGCAAAUCACAGCUUUGGCCAUGAGGUAAACCAGUCAUAUCCAGUGAACCUCCCUCCGCCCUAG